ACAGCGUUGUUUCUCCACCUCCCCCUUUCCUUCCAUUUUCCACCCCACCUUUAUUCCGUUUUACUGCUCUGGGAUUGGCUGAACGGUUAGAUUUCUUGAAGCUCUCCAAUCGGGGCGCGACUUAUGACCCGGCACUAGCCAAUCACGACGGAGGAGGCGGGAUUUCGUGUUUGGAAUACGGGUGAGGAAGAAGGAGGUAACAUUAGUUCAUAUUAGCUGGUUAGCAAAAAAAAAAAGCGAGAGAGAGAGGGGGGGGGUAUGUAGCCUAGCCUUGCGCGAGCUCUUUCCAUCACGUCUGUUUUUUUGGGGGGGAGAGGUGUACAAAUAAAAAGAAAGGAAAUGAAUCAACGAGCCGGACAUUUUCAUGGCCUGUUGUUACGCUUAAAGUCUCAGUGUUGGUGUCGUUGCUAAGACAGCUAGCUGAAGCCGAUUAAUCGCAUUAGCCUGGAAACUAUGUGGCAGCAAGACGACUGGAGAUUUAAUUAAAACUGCCCCCUGACACGACUAGGAAGUGACCGUGAGGCCUUACAGACACGCUGUGCUUUCACGGAGAAUCCGAAAUCUGCUAACACACACGCUUCCUUUGAAGAUUAACUACCUCUGGGGCAUUGGGGAGGAACUCUAGACGGGAUCUGGAUGAGUUUCCCAGCAGCAGCAGCAGCGGUGGUGGUGGUGGUGUGUUAUCUCUCUGACAGACUGGAUCUGUCAGCCUGCUAGUGUUCAGUCUGUGCCAAGGCUCCGUCAUCCAGCAGUCGGACAUUUGCUUUUUUCACUUUCCUUACUGUUGACCAGUGGACCGUUACUAUUCUCAUAACCACACUGUGGGAUUUUUUUUUUCUUCUUCAGACACCUUUUUAAAAGUUUUCUAUUUUUUAUUAGAGGUCUAUAUACACACAAUAACGGAUAUACGAUAGAAAGCUAUAAGGAUUUUUUUUUUCACUUCCGUUUGAAGGAUAUAUUAUGCACUUUUGGGAUAUUUUUCAGGAUUUAUGGUUACUUGUGGUGUGAAGAUAGAGAUUUUAUCUUUAGCUCGACUACAAAAAAAUAAUAUAGCAGCAACACAUUGAUCCUAUAUAUAUAUAUAUUUUGUUUGUUUGUUAUUGUUGGUUUUUUCCACCACGUCGUAAGCUACAGCAGAGCUGCGCAUCACGUUCAGACAUCAAACUCACGUGACGGUUUUUCUGUUUCAAUCUCAUCGCCUUUCUGCUACUAUAAGGAAUACUGACAUGACUCUCUGGCUCAUGGAGCAUUUAAGCUAUCAGUUUACUUGAAAAACAAAGUUUCCACGGUUCUAAAUCCGGGCAGAAAUCUUUAUUGAAUUCCAAAUCAAAAUAAAGGCAAACAGAGAGAGUCUUCGCCAAGCCUGUGGUGGGAAAGGGCACUUCCUGGCCGUGUCCACUACUUAUGUAUUGUUGCAGCGCGCAAGAAAGUAAAAUGGACUAUAAGCGACGCUUCUUGCUUGGCGGGUCCAAGCAGAAAGCGCAGCAGCAGCACCAGCAAUACCCGCUGCCCGACCUGAGCCAAGCCCUUAGCGCUCCGCUCGGAACCUCCUGCUCCACCCCGACCCCGCUGGCACCGGUAGGCUCAAACCUUUCCGCUUGCCAUGAAGUUUCAGGCACGGGCAACACCACAACCGCGAUUGCCGACAUCCAACAAGGGAUCUCUAAGUACCUGGACGCCCUGAACGUCUUUUGUCGCGCCAGCGCCUUCUUGACGGACCUCUUCGGGAGCGUGUUUCGCAACUCACGCUACUCCAAAGCUGCCAUGCAGCUCAAGGACGUGCAGGAGCACGUGAUGGAGGCGGCCGGCCGCCUCACGGCUGCCAUCAAGCCCGAGAUCGCCAAGAUGCUGAUGGAGCUCAGCGCCGGUGCUGCCAACUUCAAAGACCAGAACGACUUCAGCCUUCAAGAUGUGGAGGUACUGGGCCGCUGUUUUCUGACUGUGAUGCAAGUUCAUUUCCAGUUCCUGUCUCAGGCUCUGCAGAAAGUGCAGCCUGUGGCGCAAUCGUGCCUGGCGGAGGCGCUGGCGCAGGUGCAGGAGCGCUGCACAGGGGCUCGCAGUCAGCCCGGAGCUCUCGGCGAGCUGGACGAGGCGGCGCGAUCGUGGAAAGGUGCAGCGGAGGCAACGGCGCGUCUACGAGAGCGAGGCCGUGACGGCUGUCUGGCUGGUUUUCAGGUGCAGCAGCUCUUCUGCUCCCACAGCCCUUCUCUCCCUGACCAGCAGCUCAAAGAGCUCAACCUGAAGAUAAACAGCGCUCUGCAGGCAUACAGAGCUGCGCUGGACUCUCUGGGUCACUGUGAGUACGCUCUCAAAGGAGGAUUUCACCUGAAACCCAAAGCUAUAGAAGCUGCCUUACAGAGUUGCUGUAGUGAGGCUGAGGCUCAGCAGGCUGGCAGAAUGCAGACCACAUCUCAGCCACUCCAGUGCGAGUUACCCACAAUCCCCCUGCAAAUCGGCUCACACUUCCUCAAAGGAGUCUCCUUCAACGAGUCGGCUGCCGACAACCUCAAACUCAAAACGCACACCAUGUUACAGCUCAUUAAGGAGGCUUCGGGGCAGAACGGCGUGUCGGCACGUGAUGACUCUCCCGUGACGGAGGUGUUGAACCUGGUGUGUCCCUCCACCUGGAGGGGGGCCUGCAAAACCGCCGUGCAGCUGCUGUUCGGACAGGCCGGACUGGUCGUGGUAGACACGGCUCAGAUCGAGAACAAAGAGGCCUACGCUCCACAGAUCACCUUAGAAGGCUCCAGGGUUGUAGUGCAGGUUCCUUCCACAUGGUGUCUGAAGGAGGAUCCGGCUACGAUGUCUCUACUGCAGCGCAGUCUGGACCCGGAGAAAACCCUCGGGCUGGUGGACGUCCUCUACACCACUGUGUUCGACCUCAACCGCUGGAAAGAGCGCAAGGAACAAGCCCUUCCCACCAUUCAGAUCCAGCUUCAGAGGGACAGCUCUGAUUACACCGUCCCUGUCGACCUCCACCCUGGCAACAGCAGCAAGUCCUCUAGUGGCCUGCCCAAGACCAUUUCUAAGCUCACUUCCAAGUUCACCAAAAGGGCUUCAUCCAGCUCUGGAAGUGGUGGAAGCUUCUCCAUCCCUAGCACGCCCUCUCGAAGCACAAGCAUCGUCGACGAAAAACCCAAAGCGCCAUCCCAGAUUCUCCAGAUGACCGUGUCGGGUACCAGUGACUCCAGCCAGCACGCAGCUAACGAUUCAGCUCUGGAGGAGCAGGGUAUGAAUUUGCCCACGGACCAGGAAAUGCAGGACGUGAUCGACUUUCUAUCCGGCUUCAACAUGGGCAAAUCGCAGCAGGCCUCGCCGUUGGUCAAGAGGAGGAACUCGGUUGCUUCCAGCAAUGCGGCUGAUCUGAAACCGCCUGCCUCUGUGGCCCCGCCCACUUCACAGGCUCCUGUUCUGCACCCUGCAAUCCCAUUGGCUCAAAAUCUGCCUCCACAGCCACAACAACCACCACCACAGCAGCCGCAGCAACAGCAGCAGCCUCCUCCUCAGUUACCAACUACACCCAAACAGCAGCAACAAACCACCGUUCCUGCACAACCACAAGCCCCAACACAGCCUUCACCUUCCCCACAGACCCUGCAGUACUACCAGCACCUCCUGCAGCAAUCCCAGCAGCCCUCACCCGUCUCACCACAACUCCCGUCACAGCAGCCCCAGGCUCUUCCCCCACAACAGAGGGCUCCUGGAAAGUGGCCACAGGCUCCCCCGGGAGGGCUUUCACCCAUCGGUCACAUGACUCAGUGGACUUUGCCUGACCUGAGCUCGGACCUGUACAGCCUGGGGUUGGUCAGCACCUACAUGGACAGCGUGAUGUCGGAGGUGUUAGGUCACAAGGCACCAUCAGGGCCACGCAACAACACCUGGCCUAAUCGUGAGCAGAGCGAGCAGAGCAUGUUCGGGGUGCUGGGUGACUCGAUGCCCUUUGACCCUGCAGUUGGCUCAGAUCCAGAGUUUGCGCGUUACGUUGCUGGGGUCAAUCAGGCCAUGCAGCAGAAGAGGCAAGCACAGCAUGUCCGUCGUCCUAGCAACCCCCGUAGCAACUGGCCCCUCCCAGAAGACCAGCAUAGGACCUGGUCCCACCCAGAAUACUAUAGUGAGGGGGAGGCAGUGAACAGUACCUGGUCAGCCAAUCAGGGCGACUCUGCCAGCUCUAGUGAUGAAACCUCCUCAGCCAACGGAGACAGUCUGUUCUCCAUGUUCUCUGGUCCUGACCUGGUAGCUGCGGUCAAGCCAAGAAGGAAACACAGCUGUGGUGAGCAGGAAGUGUGUACUCUGCCCUCUCCUCCUCUCCACCAUGCCAGUGAUGACAGUAACCAGGUAGGACUUGUUUUAAAGGAGAGCAAAACUAAAACAUGGCCUCCGAAGGCCCCGUGGCAGCACUCCACCCACUCCAACACCAUGCCCAAUCCCAGCUCUUCCCUCUAUCAAAUGACGAUACCUUCCAGCCAAUGGGGCGACUCCAUGCAAAUGCUACAGUCUCCGGUUUGGUCAACAGCCAAUGAGUGCUCUCCUUCCAGUGGCCUCUCGUCCGGCUUCCCGUUCCCUCAGCAGCAGCAGCAGCAACAGCCGCAGCAGCAGCAACAGGUCUCGCAGCAUAAAGCUCUGAGUAAAGGCUUCAAGAACUUCCCCCUGAAACCUGAGCACCGGCCCUCGUACCUGCACCAGUACUGACCCCGCCCACUGCCCCCCCUGCACUACAGCCUCGCUCUUAACUGCUGUUCUGAGACCAGGGAGCGUCAUCACGAGGUUUAGGGCUCAGAUUCAGCUGUAGACUGGUCCUAGAUCAGCGGUUAAGGGUUAUGCGUUAUGCCACGGUUGGAGUCGGUGCUGGUGUAAAGAUCACACCAUUAACUCCAUCUAAAAGGGGAGUCGGUGAUCAGGAGGUCGGACAGGACUAACGGAUGAGGUCAGGUGGAUGGAGAAACGCCAUCACACCCCUGCUCAUGUGCUUAGUACACACCCAUAGCAGACACUUUACUCCGGACCGUACUCCGAUUCCCAAUUUUGAUAGUCCUUUAGACGAGUGUGUUUUUAUAGGCGAAUUUAUAUCGAACGUUGUGGCAUAUAUAUAUAUAUAUAUAUAUAUAUAUAUAUAUAUAUAUAUAUAUAUAUAUAUAUAUAUAUAUAUAUAUAUAUAUAUAUAUAUAUAUAUAAUUUUUUUUUUUUGUAUUUGUCAGAUCCAUGCGAGUCUCUGGUUUCCCCGACUGCCAUUUGCGCCGAUUUAGUGCAUGAUUCCUGCUUCCAGCAGCCUAGUGAAAAAAAUUGUCGCUUGAGCUUCCGCUCCACAAAAUGCUCGAGUCUAGAAAAUUCCCUGAAAAACGUCUGCCAAGAUUAUGAAACAGCUCUCGAUGGGAAUUCUCGGGUUU